AAAACCGGUUUGAGAAUAAGAACAAAUAGAAAUAAAGAAAAGAAAUAAUAUAGCUUGAGAAAUAAAAUUUUAGUUAUGGAAAGUGAUUAUUUUUCUUCUUUUUUUUUUUAAUAAAUAAUAAUUAAACUGACACAAAAUGAAACGAGCUUGCCCUUUUGAUUGUGACAUUGGUCGACAAUUAAAAGUUCACGUUGGUCAAAAACAAGUGAAUAAUGGAGUUUUCAAAGAAAAACAAAUGCAAAAUGUUUAUGAUAAAACGAUGAAUUUAUUAAAAGAGGGAUCGAAAAUUCAGUCUUUAAAUACGUCUGAUGAUAAUUUGGGCCUUGAAUCAAUUAAUUCCUGUCAGCCAGGUGGAAAAUUGGAAACAGUCACAAAAUUUAAGCAAAUGUUUUUCAACAGUAAUUUGCAAUUGCAAACAACCGGCGUAGAGUCUCGGAAAAUUCCAGUAACUUUAUGUGGAUGUUGUCGUGUCAUUGACACUGAAUCAAAAUGUAAUGGAUGUGAUCAAAUUUUGUGCACCUCUUGCCUCUCAGAGUGUGCCCAAUGUUUAGGGAAUUUUUGUCAAAAUUGUUUAUUACAAUUAUACGAUUCCGGAGAAAGAAGCCUUUGUCUGGAUUGUUAUCGUUGAUGUCCAAAGAUGCUGGAUAUCUUUGCAAUGUCGCUAAUAAUAAUAAUAAUAAUGUUCGUUACUCGAAAUAAUUAAAAUUAAAAUAAUGUUCCUAUUUAA